AUGUUCUCCCAACACGACGCUGUACUGACCUCCCAUCUUGAGAUGCUGGACUCAGUGAAGGCCCAUGUUACGCGGGAUGACGAGGCGUUUCGGACAGUGUCCUCUAUGGUGACCAAGACAAUCCAGGCGAUGAAUCAGUCCAAAGUGGCCCGGAAGUAUAUGCUCAACCGAAAGACGUCCGACAAUGUAUUCAAUGCUACCCCGUCCUCAUCCUCAGCACCGAAGACGAACCCGCAACCUACCCCCACCCCGCAAUUCACAGAUACAGAGACCCGUGGUCGGAGAAAGCGACCAAGAACCGAGAAGGAGGGAACUGUUACACCAUCUCAAGAACGUUCGCAAGAGGACCCUCGAGCUUCGAAACGAAGGCGUGACCUCAUUUCCUUUCAAGCUACUGAGGAAGAUCCUCGAAAUGCGUCAUAUGCCUCAUCCGGCUCGCUCGAGACAGAAGACAUUUCAGCUGAAGUACAGCGGCGACUGCGAAUCAAAGAAGAGCGACGGUGGAAGAAGGAGACUAACAAACCAGAAAAGCGCAAGCGCGAGAGUCUUGUGUCGACUGAGAGCGUGUCACCCGGUGGAGCGCGACACAAGAAGAAACGCGCGCGGACAGGUACCGAUCUGAAGAGGACUGGAGAACCGCUGACGGAGAACAUGGAUGGAAAGACAAAAAGAUCCAAAAGGCCACAUAAUGGAGGCUAA